UUUUCAUUUUCAGUUUUUUUUGCUUCGUUUCUCUCACGCAUUUUGUUUGUUUGUUUUUUACUUUUUUCAAUCAACAAAUCUAUUUUCCGUUUUUUUAAAACUGAAUCCCGUUUAGCAAAAAUCACGUUUUUUUCCCCACAAAUUUUUAGCAGAGAAAACAGCUUUUUCGUUUCAUUCAUUUUUUCCAACUAAAUCAUCAAAGUUACCAUUAUCAUCAUGUCGGAAAGAAUUGAUAUGUCAUUAGAUGAUAUUAUUAAACGUGAUCGUAUUACAACUGGACGUCGUGGACGAGGUAUUGGUGCUAAAGGUGGUCGUGGUGCACGAUCUUCAGUCCGUGGUAGUAUUGGUGGUGGUAAUCGUAAAUCGGGUAAUAUUCGAAAAAUUGGUGCUACAGCUCGUCAAAUGAAAGCUGGUGGAAGUAGCGGUGGUGGUGGUUUAAGACGAAACAAACCAACAAAUGCCAGAGUUUUACCCGAUAAAUGGGCACAUGAUAAAUUUGUAGCCGAAAUUAAAUCCGCAACUUUAAUGAUUUCCAAUCUUGAUUAUGGUGUAUCAGAUCAAGAUAUUCGUGAAUUAUUUUCGGAAUUUGGUCCAUUAAAAAAAGCAACCGUACAUUAUGAUUCAUCUGGACGAUCACUUGGUAAAGCUGAAGUUAUAUUCUUCAAGAUAAACGAUUCAAUUCGUGCCAUGAAAAAAUACAAUGGAAUACCACUCGACGGACGCCCAAUGCAAAUUCAACCAGUGGUAACAACGACGGCCAAAACAAAUAUCGCAUCUCGUAUCGGUAAUCCUGAUAUAUUCAAAAAGAAUAUUGCUAAUAUUGGUGGUGGCGGUGGUGGUGGAAAUAAACCUCGUGGAAUUGGUCGUAAUGGUCCGGUGCGAAAUGCUUCUGGUCGUCGUGGCCGUGGCGGUAGAAUUGGACAACGUGCUGGAAUACAACGUGGACAAAGGACAAAAGUUCCAACCGCCGCUGAAUUGGAUGCCGAUCUUGAUGCCUAUUCAAACAAAGUUUAAAUCAGAAUCAUGAAAUGGAUUUUGUCCGAACAAUCAUCAUUAAUAUAAAAUGUCAAACGC